UAGAAACAAAGCCCAUGGUCAUGCAGAAAUGAGAAACCAAAUCUGGAAUCCCAUCAGCAAUGGCAGAAGUAGCAAAGAAGUAUGCAGUUGUUACAGGUUCAAAUCAGGGGAUUGGAUUUGGAACAGUCAGGAAGUUGGCUUCAAAUGGGAUCAUGGUGGUGUUAACUGCUUUAGAUAACAAAAUGGGUCUUGAAGCUAUUGAAAAAUUGAAAGAGUGUGGCAUCUCUGACCUGGUGGUUUUUCAUCAACUUGAUGUAACAAACACUGCUAGCAUUGCUUCCCUUGCAGAUUUUGUCAAAACCCAAUUUGGGAAACUAGAUAUCUUGGUAAAAAAUGCAGGGGUUAGUGGAACCAUUGUGGACCCUGAAGCUAUGAGAGCUGCUGCAGCUGCAGGUAUUGGUAAGGAUGGUGUGGGAGUCAAUUGGAGUGAAAUAAUGACUCAAACGUAUGAGUUAGCUGAGGUAUGUGUGAAAACAAACUACUAUGGUGCCAAGAAAAUGACCAAAGCACUCCUUCCUCUCCUUCAGCUAUCUGAUUCACCAAGAGUUGUCAGUCUUUCUUCCAGCAUGGGAUCGUUAAAGCACAUACCAAAUGAAUGGGCCAAAGGGGUGUUAAGUGAUGCUGAGAAACUUACAGAAGAGAGAAUAGAUGAUAUUUUGAAUGAGUUUCUCAAAGACUUCAAAGAAGAUAUUCUAGAAACCAAAGGCUGGCCUACUUCCCUCUCUGCCUAUAUACUCUCGAAAGCAGCUGUGAACGCUUUCACUAGAAUGAUGGCCAGGAAGCACCCAAACAUCUGCAUCAAUAGUGUAGAUCCUGGAUUUGUCAAAACAGAUAUGAACUUCAAUACUGGCAUGUUAACCAUUGAUGAAGGUGCUGAGAGUGUUGUGAGGUUAGCUGUGGUUCCAAAUGGCAGCCCUUCUGGCCUCUACUUCCAUUUACAAGAAUUGAUAUAUGGAAAGAUUGGAAGUAGUGCCUGGUUCUUCUAUAUACAUAUAUUUUUUUUUUUUGGAAAGAUUUCUUAUUAUCUUUCAAAAUUGGGUUUCUUUUUUUCUUUUUUCAGGUAUGCAGUUGUCACAGGGGCUAAUAAAGGGGUUGGAUUUGGCACGGUUAAGCAGUUGGCUUCAAAUGGGGUCACUGUGGUGUUAACUGCUAGAGAUGAGAAGAGGGGUCUUGAAGCUGUUGAUAAAUUGAAAGAGUUUGGCCUCUCUGACCUUGUGGUUUUCCAUCAGCUUGAUGUUACAGAUCCUUCUAGCAUUACUUCCUUGGCAGAUUUUGUCAAAACCCAAUUUGGGAAACUUGAUAUCUUGGUAAACAAUGCAGCAAUUGCUGGAAGCCAAGUAAAUCCUGAAGAUUUUAGAUCAGCUGUGAGUGGUAAGAAGCCUGAAGAAAUCCGGUGGAGGGAAAUACCGACGAUACCGAACUACAAGUUAGCAGAAGAAAGCCUGAAAACAAACUACUAUGGUACCAAAGGAGUGACUGAAGCACUUUUACCCCUCCUCCAGCUAUCUGAUUCACCAAGAAUCGUUAAUGUUUCUUCUGGUGUUUCUAAGCUUAUGAAUUUUCCAAAUGGAUGGGCUAAAGAGGUACUAAGUGAUGCCGAGAGCCUUACGGAAGAGAGAAUAGAUGCAGUGUUGGCUGAGCAUUUAGAAGACCUUAAACAAGGUUUGGUAGAAAACAAAAGCUGGCCAACUAUCUUCCCGCCAUAUACAGUCUCAAAAGCAGCUGUGAAUGCGUACACUAGAAUUCUGGCCAAGAAGUACACAAACUUCUACAUCAAUUGUGUGAACCCUGGAUUUGUCAACACAGAUAUAACCUUCAAUACUGGAACCUUAACCAUCGAAGAAGGUGCUGAAAGUCUUGUCUGGUUGGCGCUGCUCCCCAAUGGCGGUCCUACUGGCCACUUCUUUUCUCGCAAAGAAGCGACACCUUUUUGA